UCACAAAGUCAAAUCCUUGAGCAAAGGAGAUCUAGAUUCUGGGGAGCAUCAAAUGGAAUUUCUGUUAACAGUCGUGGAACUGGGCGUCACGCUGAUACUGAUCGUCUUCUCCGUCGUCGUUUUAGAAGCUUGGAGAAGGAGACACAGUAGUAACGUUUCUGUCGAGAGCGUGACAACUAUACUCGAGGAUCCGACAUCCUUAAAACAAGUUCGAUGCCCUCACAUAUCAGACCCUGCGGAGAUGUAUUUGUCUUUAAUUGUCCCGGCGUUUAAUGAAGAGCAGAGACUUCCUGCAGCUCUACAGGAAAUUAUGGAUUACCUUCAAGGUCGUGCAUCACGGGAUAAGAGUUUUUCUUAUGAGGUGGUGAUUGUUGACGAUGGAAGCGUUGACGGAACAAAAAGAGUAGCUUUUGAUUUCGUUAGAAAGUACACACUUGACAACAUAAGGCUUAUACCCCUCGGAAAAAAUCAAGGGAAAGGAGAAGCUAUUAGAAAAGGAAUGAUGCAUUCUCGUGGUGAGUUACUUCUCAUGUUGGAUGCUGAUGGAGCAACUAAAGUAACUGACCUAGAAAAACUCGAAAACCAGAUCCUUGCAGUAGCUAGAGAAGAAAACUCAAUCAGAGAUCCAACAUCAAAGCUUGUGGAUUUUAGGAUAGGUGAUGUGCAAGUGUCUGCAUUUGGUUCUCGUGCUCAUCUCGAGGAGAAAGCUAUUGCUACAAGGAAAUGGUAUCGCAACUUCUUGAUGAAAGGUUUCCAUCUUGUGGUUCUGUUGGCUGCUGGUUCUGGAAUAAGGGAUACACAGUGUGGUUUCAAGAUGUUUACUAGAGCUGCUGCUAGAAGACUCUUCACAAACAUCCAUCUGAAAAGGUGGUGUUUUGAUGUGGAGUUGGUGUUCCUGUGCAAGCGUUUUAAUAUUCCAAUGCUGGAGAUCUCUGUGAAGUGGUCUGAGAUUCCGGGGUCUAAAGUGAGUAUGUUGAGCAUUCCCAACAUGCUUUGGGAGCUUGCUUUGAUGUCUGUGGGAUACAGAACUGGCAUGUGGAAGAUCCAUCAAGCAUGAGAAGGACACA